UGAGAUUAUAAAGGAUGUUAUUGAAUGAUAUUCGUUUUAAUAAUGUAUAUUAAAUAAUAUAUAAAUUACGUUAGAAGUUAAGAAUUAAAGUAGCUGAAAAAGGCAAGCAAGUUGGAUGAAACAGUCCGUCCCCAUUACAACUCAUCCAAUACUUUGCAUUUUCCAAAACCGGCCUCCAUCACUUCCAAGAAAAGUCUUCUCUUGAAUAACAAAACAGAUCUUUUGACUUGUUCAACUUGAUUUCGUAUUGAUCAAAUUCAACAUUUGGUUGUUAUUUUUUGCAGUAUCAAUCAUCAUUAGACCAGUAUGGCAGUUUCACCUGAAACUUUCUCUCCGAGAAAAAGGCGGCCAUCUGCGAACUGUUUCAUGGCUCCGAACCUCACCGAUCGCAAUCUCCUCAAAUCCCUUUUCCUCUUAUCAUCAGAAAUUUCAACUCUGCAGCCUCUCCUAUUUCUCCUCAAGACAAAUACAUCUUCCAUCAUCAGGAAAUCUAAGCUUUUAUCAAUCUUAUUCGAUGAAAUUCUCGGCAGAGAUUCAUCAAAUGAUCCCACUAUUAUAACAGGCUUUCCACCUUCCGCUGUUUUAUGCUUUGACGAAUUGUACAUAGUUUUACAGCGAAUGAAGACUUCACUUGAAGAUUGCCGAAAUUGUAGUAAGAUGUGGCUACUUAUGCAGAUUGAUGUGUUCUCCAAUAUUUUCCAUGAACUCACUCUUGAAUUGUCUACUUUAUUGGAUAUUCUUCCUGCUGAAAAGCUCAAGUUAGAGGAUGACGUUCAGGAGUUGCUGAUUCUUAUCACGAAGCAGUGCUCGGCGAGAUUCGCAGCUUAUGUUGAUCCCAAGGAUAGACAUUUACAAUCUCAAGUUGUUGAAAUGCUCGACAAAAUUGAAAGAGAAAUCGUCCCUGAUCAAUGUAAAUUGGCCGCGAUAUUUGAGAGAUUAACUUUGCGUGAUUCUACAAGUUGCAGGGAUGAAAUUGAGUUAUUGGAAGAGGAAAUUCAGAGUCAAACAGAUGAGAAAGUAAAAUCAGAUAUCAUUGCGUUGAUCGGCUUUGUUCGAUAUGCUAAAUGUGUGUUGUACGGCGGUUCAACGCCUAGAGAAAAUUCCCGGCGGCGGCGGCGGGGUGGUGCUUCAGCGGCGGAUAUUAGUGUUCCAGCUGAUUUCCGGUGUCCGAUUUCGCUUGACUUGAUGAGAGACCCUGUUGUGGUUUCCACGGGACAAACAUACGACCGCAGUUCAAUAACCCUUUGGUACGGAUCAGGUCAUACCACAUGUCCCAAAACUGGUCAAACCCUGACCCACACGGACCUCAUACCAAAUUCAUCAUUGAAGAAUUUGAUAGCUAUGUGGUGCAGAGAGCAGAAAAUACCAUUUGAGUCAACGGAGUUGAGCGUUACCAACAAAACGGCAUUGGAAGCAGUGAGAAUGACGGUGUCGUUUAUAAUUAACAAGUUGAACUUGUCUCAAUCUGUAGAAUCGGCUAACCGACUUGUUCAUGAGCUUCGAAUCUUAGCCAAGACGGACUCGGAUAGCCGAGCCUGCAUUGCUGAAGCUGCAGCUUUGCCGUUAUUGGUUAAGCUCUUAGGUUCAGAUCAUCCGAGCCUACAAGUUAAUGCAGUUACAACAAUUCUUAAUCUGUCUAUUCUUCAGGCAAACAAGACAAGGAUAAUGGAAACGGAUGGAGUUUUAAAUGGAGUUAUCGAGGUGUUACGGUCUGGUGCCACCUGGGAGGCAAAGGGGAAUGCGGCAGCAACCGUUUUCAGCUUGUCAGGUGUACCUGCUUACAAGAAGAGGUUGGCUCGUAAGACACGUGUUGUGAAGGGAUUGAUGGAUUUGGCGCGGGAGGGGCCAACAAAUUCGAAGAGGGAUGGCUUGGUAGCAAUUUUGAAUUUGGCUGGAGAUAGGGAGGCAGUUGGGAAGUUGAUUGAAGGUGGGGUGGUGGAAAUGGUGGCAGAGAUUAUGGAGGGACUACCAGAAGAGGCAGUGACAAUUCUCGAAGUGGUGGUGAAGAAGGGUGGAUUGGUGGCCGUUGCAGCAACAUAUCCAUUGAUUAAAAAACUUGCCAUAGUAUUAAGGGAUGGCACUGAUAGGGCUAGAGAGAGCGCUGCCGCAACGCUAGUGAACAUAUGCCGCAAAGGGGGAUCGGAGAUGGUGGCGGAACUGGCGGCAGUACAAGGGAUUGAGAGGGUGAUUUGGGAAAUAAUGGGAAUGGGAACAGGAAGGGCUAGAAGAAAAGCAGCAACCUUGUUGAGGGUUCUAAGGAGAUGGGCUGCUGGAUUGGAUGCAGAAGUGGCAUCAGGGGCUUAUUCAGAUGUGAAUAUGAAUACUUCAACCAGAAUAGUAUUGCCAGGUUAAUUUUUCCUUUUCAUUUUUUGUUCAAAGAUGGAAAAAGAUGGUUCUUUCAAAUUUGUUUAUUUGCUUACACAAAACAACAAAUUGUAAUAUUUGAGUCUUAUGUCCUUUGUGAAUUGUACAAUUGUUGAUACCUUUUCCAAGUUGAAGAGAAUUGAGCAAGUUUCAGCCUUCAA